UAUUUCACCCAAGACUAAUUGUAAAUUCAGAGAACAAUUCAUAUUAUUCCAAUGUUUUAUAUCUUCCGUUGAACAUGAUGCCAAGACCAUCACUUAUGGUAAUUUGCAUGUCACUGUGCCUUAAUUGGUACACGUGACAAUAAAAGACCUUUGAAACUUUAUCUAAAAUGCAACCAAUAUAUCUGCUUCAACCUUCACCCCCGGUAUCACCUUCCUGUGCAAAAAAACAACUUGCCCAACACAUCGUUAACCUUCGCCACUCUGGCCUUACAGCUACACACUCUAGCAUUUAAUUUUUCCAUCCUCUUCAUAAUUCUUCCCAUUAACGAACUAGGCAGCAAGGCCCUGAAUCACAUUGCCACCUGAAACUUUGGUAAAAUGUCAGGUAGAGGGAAAGGAGGGAAGGGGUUGGGCAAGGGUGGUGCAAAGCGGCACCGUAAAGUCCUCCGUGACCACAUUCAAGGCAUCACCAAACCUGCUAUACGCCGUUUGGCUCGCCGGGGUGGUGUCAAGCGUAUUUCUGGUCUAAUCUACGAGGAAGUGCGCGGAGUUUUGAAAGUUUUCCUUGAGAAUGUGAUCCGGGAUUCUGUAACCUACACCGAACAUGCGAAACGCAAGACCGUGACUGCUAUGGAUGUGGUGUAUGCACUGAAACGUCAAGGGCGUACCUUGUAUGGGUUCGGAGGCUAA